AUGCGGUCGGGACUGAUCGCCGCUCAGGCGCUGUCGCUGCUCUUCUUCACAGGCGUCGCCACAGCCCAGGAUAUAAAUGAGACACGGACAAAGUUUGACUCCCCCGCACCGGCCGACUUGCUUCGGAGAUGGAACUGUCGAGCAACGGUCCUGGGCAACUAUCUCUACAUUGACGGCGGCGAGCUGGGGGAGCUGGUGGACGGCAAGGCCACAAGCUUUCCCAACAACUCGACUCUCUCCAUCGACCUCUCCAAGUCUUGGCUCACUUCCAGCGUCGAGAUCAGGGCCAAUGGCAAGCCCGUGAAAGAUGGACCGCUCUCUAUGGGUUACGAAGCCAUCUGGAACGACCCAACCGGCAGCGCCUUUUACACGUGGGGGGGUUACACCACCAGAGGCGUCAGACCCGCCGCAAUCACGAAAGAGGGCAUCUGGAAGUUUACCGUCGACGGCAAAGGCGGCGGCGCCUGGUUGUUGGAAGAGCCGUCAAACCCGCAGGUGCUCAAGACUCUGAAAUACGCCGAAGAUGGAGCCUACACCGCCACCAACACGACGGGCUUCUGGUACGGCGGCUUCUCGGGGUCUACUACCGACCCCAGCCAGACGGUCGAUCAGGCCGUGCCAGGUCUCGUCUCGUAUGACAUGACAAGGCAGACCUGGCGGAAUGACUCUGCCUUGGCGCUCUCUCCGCCGAACGGAACGGCGCGGGGCGCGAAAGCCGAAUACGUGCCUCGCUUCGGACCCAACGGCAUUGUCAUGAUUCUCGGCGGCCUAUCAUAUUCGCCGUUCGGGAAUCCAGGGCGCGACUCUGGAGGCUUGGAUUUCGGCAACCUCACCUUCUUCGACCCCGUCACCAGGAAUAUCUACUGGCAGACGACCACCGGAACGGUGCCUGCAGCCCGUUGGCGCUACUGCUCGGUUGGCAUCGACGGCGGGAAUGGAACUUACGAGAUAUUCAUUUUUGGCGGUCAAACUGCCGACAAGAAUCUGGCUCUCGACGAUGUGUACGUGCUCAGUCUGCCCGGGUUUGUAUGGACCAAGGCUGCAGCCACCUCUCCGGGCCAACCGCGAUCGCAGCACACCUGUGUUGUUGUUGGUAAGCGCCAGCUGCUGGUUGUGGGCGGAGCCAAUUACAACAUUCCGUCGGGCAGGUGGCAGGACCCGGACCCCUUCCCGCAGGGGCUGGGCCUCUUCGACAUGACCGACCUCACGUGGUCCAAGGAGGGCCAAUACAAAGCAGAUGCGGAGCCAUACCAGUCGCCCAACGCCGUCAAGGACUGGUAUUCAAAGACAGACCUCUCAACGUUGUCUUGGUCGUCAAGCGAGGUGAAGGAGUUGUUCGUGACCGCAUCCGGGGCCGUUGUUCCAGCGAGUAGGUGGCCUGUUGAUCUCCAGAGCCGGGUUUCACUGCAUUCCUGA